AUGGGGCUCAAGAACAAGCUCUUUCUCGGCACGUUUGUGCACAGCAAAGCACUCGACGAGCUCGAGUACCUGCACAACGCAGCUGUGUGUGUCGAUAUGUCGGGUACCAUUGUUGCUGUCGAGGUGGAAUGUGAUGAGCUCCGGGCGAGAGAGACCGUGUUGCCGCGGCUAGGGUGGGAGGUGGCCGAGGUGGAAGUCGUAGAGGCGAAAGAGGGACAGUUCUUCUUCCCUGGCUUCAUCGACACCCACCUCCACGCCUCGCAAUACCCCAACAUCGGCAUCUUCGGCAAGUCAACACUCCUCGACUGGCUCAACACCUACACCUUCCCACUCGAAGCCUCCCUCUCGGACCCGGUCAAGGCCCGCCAGGUCUACACCCGCGUCAUCCGCAAGACGCUCUCCCACGGCACGACGUGCGCCGCCUACUACGCAACCAUCGACGUGCCCUCGACCAACCUGCUCACGGACCUUUGCCUCUCCCACGGGCAGCGCGCCCUAGUCGGCCGCGUCUGCAUGGACCAGCUCUCACCCGACUACUACCGCGACGCCUCCGCAGACGCCUCCCUGGCCGCCACCCGCGCGAGCAUAGCCCACAUCCUCCGCGCUGACCCAACCAUGUCCCUUGUCAAACCCAUCAUCACGCCGCGCUUCGCGCCCGCCUGCUCCCUCCCGCUCAUGCGGCAGCUUGGCGCGCUCGCAAGAGAAACCUCGCUCCCGAUCCAAACGCACAUCUCUGAAAACAAAUCCGAAAUCGCCCUCGUCAAGGACCUCUUCCCGCCUUCCGCAACUGGCGCAGCCGAUGAUUCCUACGCGUCCGUCUACGACGCCGCGGGGCUCCUGACAGACAAGACCGUCCUCGCGCACGCGGUGCACCUGACCGAGGCCGAAGCGGACCUGGUGAGCGCCCGAAGGGCCAAGGUAAGCCACUGCCCCUGCAGCAACAGCGCCAUCACGUCCGGCGCGGCGCGGGUGCGCUGGCUGUUGGACAAGGGCAUUACGUGCGGGCUCGGCACCGACAUGAGCGGCGGGUACAGCCCCAGCGUGCUCGAGACGGCGCGGCAGGCUGCGCUUGUCAGUCGGCAUGUGGUGAUGGGCGCGAACGGGCUGGCGCCCGGGGAGGAGAGAGAGAAGUUGAGCGUGGAGGAGGUCUUGUUUCUUGCUACGCGGGGCGGGGCCGAGGUGGUUGGGUUGGAAGGGAGAGUGGGCGGGUUUGAGGUGGGUAUGGAGUGGGAUGCGCAGUUGGUUGGGUUGGGCAUGAUCGGGGAAGGAGGCGAGGUUGAAGGGGAGGAGGACGAGGGCGGGGAUGUGGAUGUGUUUGGGUGGGAGAGCUGGCCGGACCGGGUCGCCAAGUGGUUGUAUAAUGGGGACGAUCGGAACACCAAGAAGGUGUGGGUGAAGGGGAGGUUGGUUCAUCAGCGGAAGUAG